UUUCUCUCUUUUUUUUCGUCCUGCCUUUUAAUUUUUCCCCCCUUUUGGCAGGUGGUUGAUGGGAACCACAUGACGGUUCAGCCCUGAAGUCUUUUUUCCCCCCAGGACUGUGUGUGUGUGUGUGUGUGUGUGUGUGUGUAGCAUGAGCUCGGCGCCUCAUUGAAACCAGCUUGUCUAAAAGGGAAGUCAACCCCUUCUCAGUUCCCUCCAGUCCGGGACGGCCCUCGUGAAGAGCUUGACACAGCUCCAACCUCCUGGCAGAGAAGCGGAGCAGGGGAACAGGGCGAAGAAAGCAAGGAGAGGCAGAAGGGACCAGGCUCUUGGCUGGAGAAGAAAGCCUCCCCACAUCACGACCCCCAGGACCCCAUUCUGACCCAAAGCCUAGCCGUUCUUGCCAUGGACCAUCUUCUUCUCCUGUUUCCUGUCUUGGGUCUGGUGAGCAGCAGUAUCCCCUUUGCACAGAGAGGCUUCUGGGAUUUCUCCAUGGACGAUGCCCAGGCUGUUCCCCCAGAGGAGGAAGAGGCUUCGGGGAUCUUCCCUACUUCGGGGGCUGCAGAGGCGGAGGAUGCCUACCCCUUCUAUCCAGGCCUCUGUCCCUUUGGCUGCCAUUGCCAACUGAGGGUGGUCCAGUGCUCUGACCUCGGCCUCAAAGAAGUGCCCAAAGAAAUUUCGUCGGACACCAGUUUGCUAGAUCUGCAGAACAACCAGAUUACAGAGCUGCGCAAAGAUGACUUUAAGGGGCUGCAUCAACUAUAUGCUCUGGUACUGGUGAACAACAAGAUCUCCAAGAUCCACCCUAAAGCCUUCAGUCCCCUCCACAAGCUCCAGAAGCUCUACAUUUCCAAGAACAACUUGGUGGAGAUCCCUCCUAACCUGCCCAACUCCUUGGUUGAACUCCGCAUCCAUGAAAACAGGAUCAAGAAGGUCUCCAAAGAUGUCUUCAAUGGGCUCAACAACAUGAAUUGCAUUGAGAUGGGAGGGAACCCCCUUGAGAACAGUGGAUUUGAACCCGGAGCCUUUGAUGGCUUGAAGCUGAAUUACUUGCGAAUCUCAGAAGCAAAGCUCACGGGGGUACCCAAAGAUCUGCCUGAAACUCUUCAUGAGCUACAUCUGGACCAUAACAAAAUCCAAGCGAUCGAAUUGGAAGACCUGAUCCGUUACUCCAAACUCUACAGGCUGGGCCUGGGACACAACAGCAUCCGCAUGAUCGAGAACGGCAGCUUGGCUUUCUUGCCUGCCUUGCGCGAGUUGCAUCUGGACCACAACAAGCUCUCGCGGGUCCCUCCCGGACUGCCUAACCUGAAGUUCCUGCAGGUGGUGUACCUGCACUCCAACAACGUUUCAAAGAUCGGCGUGAACGACUUCUGCCCCGUUGGCUUUGGCGUCAAGCGGGCUUCCUACCAUGGCAUCAGCCUGUUUGGCAAUCCUGUGCCUUACUGGGAAGUCCAGCCGGCCACCUUCCGUUGCGCGACCGACCGCCUGGCCAUCCAGUUCGGAAACUACAAAAAAUAAAGAAACAAGAGGAGGGUCAUGGGGAGGGGAGGGGAGGGGAGGGACAAACAGGAAGCCAAUUGGGGAAACCAAGGGGAGGGGAAAGCAGGGACCAUUCUGGGAGCAGAGGGGAUCAGUGGGGAAGAUGCAGAGCGGGAAGAGCAGACAGGGGCAGAUGGAAAGGCCAAGUCAACCACAGCUGAGGAUCUUCCCAGGGAUGUCAAAGAGGGAGCAGAAAAAUGAAGGAAACGGGCCCCAGUUAUUCCCCGCGGGGACCAGUUUUUCAGCCAGCCUAGACAUCAGCCCUGCUUUUCAAACAAAUUAUAAUAGGAAAGCAAGCAGGAAAGGAUAUUCCUCUGGAAGAGGCCACCAGUGCCGUGCUUGGGGAAUCAAGGCGGAGGAUUCUGGGGUGCCCCCUCCAUUUGCAGGGGUGCAUUAGAAGUAGCGCAGAACUGGCCCAUCUCGAUGGGCCUAUAAAGUUGGGAAGGGCAAGGAGGCAUAAGGGCUAGAGCCCUGGGCAGUACGAGGAGGUUCUCUGCCAUCCAAAGCAGCCAUGGCGAGACAUCAGGUGCUGGACGGGCGGAUUCACAUGUUAUCCGCAAGUACAGUCAAUUUCACGCUCC